AUGUAUAUAAUUUUCAAUGCUCAGCUGACAAAGCUAAACACGAACCUGGGACCGGACCGGGUCCCAGAUAUCCGGUCCCAGAUAUUCGGUCCCAGACUCGCAGGCACCUGCCUUUCUUCCCUGUCUACGAGACCGCUCCGGCUGCAACCAAUGGCAACUGGCUCAAAGGUAAACAUUGACCGUGGCACACCCAUGGCCUGGAGAUCGAGUCAUGCAAGGAAGAACUUGAAGCUCACCGUCCUCAGCCCCACUGGUCAUGUCUGGACAAUGGUCGCAGGCGGUGGUGCAUCCGUCAUCUACAGUGAUCUCAUCGCAGCCGCAGCAGCUGCCAGUGGUUUCGCAUUCGAACUCGCCAACUAG